AAGAAUCGAACCUUUGCGUUUAUCCUCUGGUUUUUACAACCUUUCGCCCUCGUCUCCGUCGGCGCCCGCGGAAUCCUUGUUCGGUCUGUGUUCGAGGUCAGUUUCCGUGCUGGUCUCUCACUCCUCCUCCCCUCCUGAAUUCUUGCUCGAUUCCAUCUCAGUCGGGCUCUUUGCCGCGAUCGCUACGCGUCAGGUUCGUCGAUUCUUGAUGGAGUUCGCCUCUUGCUAAUCGAUUCGACGUCGAGUCAAUCUUUCUCCACGUUAUUCUUUGAUCUUGAAAGAUUUUUAAGGGGGUGGGGUUGGGAGUGGUGGUGGUUGUAAUCGGCCUCGUUGGGUGAAUUCUAGCGUUUCGCUCCUCUAGGUUUUGUCUUUGCUUUCCGCCCCUUUCUCGAUUUUUAGGGUUUCUUUUGAUUACCCGGCCCAUCCCCCACUUUAGGCGGUUUCUCACGUUAUGGCAGCCGGUGAACAUGGUGGUCACCGAGAUCGCGAGGUCCGGGCUCGGGAAGCAGAUGUAGAAGCCUAUAGGAGGAAGGAUUAUUAUCGCGAUCGUCUCCGUGAUGGAGGUCGCGAUAGGGACCGUGGCCGGGAGGCACGUGAUAGGGUUAGUAUUACACAAAGAGACAUCAAGGUGAGAGGAGGGGCGAAUGGCUCCUACCGCUCUCCCUUGUCGAGCAAUUCGAGUGGUGGAAGCGGUCGUAGUCGAAAAAUAAACCAACUUUCUGGGAGAGACGUCGACCGCGAGACUGGGGAGUUGUCCAGUGGGAGUGGAUCGGAUGAUGCUGAAGCACCUGUUUCAAAGAUCAGAGAGAAUGAUUCUCAGGAGAAUGGUGAUUAUUCUGCGUCUAUUGGGAAGAGGAAAUUCUCUCCAAUCAUUUGGGACAGGGCUGACAAUAAGCAACCCACUGUGGCUACUUCCAGUGGUAAGAGUAACAAGCUUGAACAUGUUGCCCUGCCUCCACCGCCUCCAUUGCCUCAGGGCUUUGUACCGCCACAUUCCAUUGAGGUUGUUCGACCAGCCAUAGGGCACGCAUUGCCCUUAGAUGUAGAUGUCUCUGUAGAUCCUCCUCAGGAACAGUUGGCAAAUAAUGAACAGAAAGGCUGGUCGUUAGAUGAGUAUGAAGAGGAACUUGCACCAGCUCGGAGUAUUUCUUUCUCCAGAUGGGCAGAUGGAAACAGUGCGCUUGAUGAUGAAGAGGAUGAAUUGAUGAAGGAUGAUCUUACGCUUAAAAAGAGAAAAAUCGCACCUUUGUCUGAUUCAGUAGGGAAACAGUUGCAAAAGAAAACGCCAACUCCUGAGCUAGGUGAGGUUAUUGUGAGAGAAAAUUCUAGGGUAUAUCCGUCCAUGCUAUCUGAUUCAGAAGGAGAGAAUGGAAAUGAUGACCGGGGGAUUUACUUUGAAAGAAAUGAUCAUAUGAAUGUUGACAGCAAUGCAUCUAAUGCAGACACUGGUGAUCAAUCAUCUGAUACUGACUCUGAAACUGAUGUUGAUAGAGCCAAGACGCAGGUACCAUCACAACCACCUCAAAGAUGUAUGAACAUGCUGCAAGGUUGUAGAAGUGUUGAUGAGUUUGAGAGGCUUAAUAAAAUAGAUGAAGGCACUUAUGGUGUUGUGUACAGAGCAAAGGACAAAAAAACUGGGGAGAUAGUGGCAUUGAAAAAAGUGAAAAUGGAAAAGGAGAGGGAGGGUUUUCCACUGACCUCACUUAGAGAGAUAAAUAUUUUGUUAUCUUUUCAUCAUCCUUCAAUUGUGGAUGUUAAGGAGGUUGUUGUUGGUAGCAGCCUUGACAGUAUUUUUAUGGUUAUGGAAUAUAUGGAACAUGACUUAAAAGGGCUGAUGGAGACUAUGAAGCAGCCGUUUAGUCAGAGUGAGGUAAAAUGUUUGAUGUUGCAGCUGUUUUCAGGUGUCAAGUACCUUCAUGAUAAUUGGGUCCUUCAUAGGGAUUUGAAGACAUCAAAUAUCCUUUUAAACAAUCGUGGAGAAUUGAAGAUAUGUGAUUUUGGUUUGUCUCGCCAGUACGGCAGCCCACUGAAACCUUACACUCACUUGGUGGUGACAUUAUGGUACAGAGCCCCAGAACUUCUUUUAGGAGCAAAGGAGUAUUCAACAGCUGUUGACAUGUGGUCCUUAGGAUGCAUAAUGGCUGAACUUCUAGCAAAAGAACCAUUAUUCAGCGGAAAAACUGAGUUUGAUCAACUUGACAAGAUAUUCAAGACACUUGGUACCCCGAACGAGAAGAUUUGGCCUGGGUUUGCCAAAUUACCUGGCGUUAAAGUUAAUUUUGUCAAGCAGCCGCCUCGAGCUCUGGAUGAUCAUGCCUAAGCUUUGAUGGCACUAGCACUUAGGUGAAGCAGUUUUUAUGUUCUUCGGUCAUCAGUAAUUUUUUUCUUUCUUCUUAUAGGUAUAAUAGACUACGAGAAAAGUUUCCUCCCACUUCUUUUUCUGGAUGUCCAACCCUGUCUGAAGCUGGAUUUGACUUACUAAACCAACUUCUGACUUAUGACCCGGAGAAGAGAAUAACAGCAGAAGCUGCCGUUAAUCAUCGUUGGUUCUGUGAGGUUCCAUUGCCUAAAUCUAAGGAAUUUAUGCCUACUUAUCCUGCUCAGCAUGCUCAAGACAGGCGUCUACGAAGAGUAACGAAGAGCCCUGAUCCACUUGCAGAGCAAAGGAUGAAGGAAUUGCAACAAGGGGAACUAGGUCUUCCUACCCUGUUUGGUUAGAGGACAAGUACAGAGCACUUACAGGGUCUCGGCUGUGAGUGCUGCCUGCUCAUUUAGUCAUCUAUUCCUGAUCACUAAUUUCUUAGGUGAUACAUAUAUUGCUGGACGUUGCACAAGUUUGUUAUGGCCAGACAGUGAUUGACAAUGUUGUUUAGCCAGCGCCACUGAUCGUGUGGAGGGUGAUAAAGGAUUUUAUUUUCCUUUUGGGACCCAAACAAUAUCUCUUGCGGGGCACUCUCUUUUACUUCAGCAGCACAAACUAUACAGUGCAUCCUUCAAGGUGUGGGAUAUCAAUUUUAUCUCAGUUUGAUCAAUUCCCUCUGAGACUUGUAUAUGUAACAUAUUUCUUAUUAGCACUUUGUAAAUGUGCUCCUAAAGGCUGGAUUUAAUACCAAGAAUUAACUGAAUGUUGCCUAUGCUUUUGUGUAAUCACAUUUGAUUGUUCAUACUGUGUUUGCAAGAGUUGACUGGUCGGUGCGAUGGGACAUGCUGCUUCCAGUGUCAAAGGAAGUGAUCAUAACUUUCUUGUGAGAAGGGAGUUGCAAUUUACAAAAGCUUCUCAGGAAAUCAGACAAGUUUAGUUCCUUAUCUGCAUUUUCAGAAUUGAGCGUGUUGACUUCAUUGGAGGAUUCACCAAGUCAAUGGUGAGCACCAUCCUUUCUCAAAAGUGAGCAUUAGGAUGGAAAUACAUAAGUUCUCCACUGCAGGAAGGAUCCUACUGCAUAACUCAGUCAACUGUUGAGUAAUUUUUCUGACCUAUAUAUUUAGUCUAAUUAUUGACUUUAAUAGAAAAAUGGCUUCAUAUAUUAUAUUUUAUGAUCCUUUUAGUCACAUUCAUCUGUUGCAAUUUCAGUACUUUCUGCAAUCUGGAACAAGUGGUUUGUUGUCCACCUCAUGUAUAUAAUCUGGAUAUGACUAGGCAGUAAGCAUUUGUUUUUUUCAGUGUCUCCUCUUUCCAAUUGCAUUCCUGCAGAUAUAAGCUACCUUUACAUAGUGUUGUGGUGUCCACGAGGGUGAUAAACUCUGUUAAGUGUAGACUGAUGCAUAUGACCACAAGAUAUAGCUUUGGCCGUGACUAUUGAAUCUCAAGUCAUCUGCCUAAGCAGUCUUGCCUGAAGCACCACCCUCUGUGAGCUUAUUAGGCCUCGGAGGUCUCCAGCUGAUCAUUUCCAGAAGAUACUGGUGAUAUCAAAACAUGUUAGAGAGAAUAGGGGGACAGUGCUGAACAUGAUUUUUUUUUUCCUUGAGAGUUUCACAUGUAUUUUCUGUUGUCAUGGAUAUUUAAAAGUGAUUGCCCACGGUGUGUCAUUUAA